AUGGCCGGCAAAGUCCACGUCUUUGUCCAAUGGCUUGGAUUCAAGCGCGGCCAUCGGCACAUUGUUGUGGCCGACGUCUGUGUUUAUCAUCCCUCACCCGUGACCCGGAGCUGGUAUCCUGACCCUGUCUCCUCGCCAACUAAGCCUGCAAACUCUGACAUCAAUUUGGACAAGAAAGCCCAAUCGGUCACACCUCUUGGGACCCUGGGACUGACGAGCUACUCUGGCGUGUCUAGCGAGAACGAAGAGGAUGUAAACGGGAUCCUCGCGCCGCUGAGGAUCUUGGAGCACAGUCAAGCCAGCUUGAGUCAAAAACAGAAUCCUGGAAAUGCCCAGGAUGCAAAGGAAAGGUACUACGAGAACCUGCUAGGGUGGUCUCAGAAACUAUUUGACGAGCGCUCGCAGCUGAUUGAGGUCGGUCCCUCGACGACACCCGAAGAAUAUCUACGUCGUGUCUCUAAUCGAUGGGAAGGCAUCGGAUUGGUCUUCUCCAUUGUAGGCCAAGGCGCAAUACUGGAGAGAGACUGGAAAUCUGUAUCUCAGUUAGCAGAUGCUGCAUCAGCCGAUCAAAGAUCACUGGGGGUGCUUGCGGCCACUGCCAGAGAUGCUUGUCUUCAAUUUUGCGACGACUCAGGUGUAGUCCAUGACCCUCUGGGUUGGCUGCUACGCAACACACGCAUGCCCUUCUUUCUCGCCGAGCUCCGUAAACGCCUGAUGGCGGGCGCCUAUAUCAUGGAUAAGCAGCCUGCCACUUCCUUGGGACGGCCCCAGAUCAGCUGGAGAUACUGCGAUGUGCAACUUCCCCUGGAUCUGCGUUACGACGAGAUCCUUGCGGACGCACCUACUCGAGAUGCCGCCAUCAAAAACUGGGCGCAAAUGGUUGUAACAGCCAAGGAGUCGUCCAACAUGCCCAGUGGAUGCGAGUUGCUCUUCUGGUCAGCUCAAUUAGAGAGCAAAUCCUCGAAUUGUCGCCGAGCCGCUGUGUCGAUGACCUUCCCCGGAAAGCCAAUGUCUGACAACUCCCGCAGAACGUGGGAGGAACUCCCCGGCUUCCUUCGCUGGCGUCCUGGCAGUGCCAAUGUCGACGACAGUGGCAGUUUACUUAUUCCCCUCUCUCUUGACUUCCUUUACAAUGACUUUCUUCUCUACCGGCUGCUUGUCAGUCAUUCCCAGAACGAGUCGGAUGCCCUAAUCAAUGUCUCACAGAAUAUACUCGGCACAGUUCUCCAGCUCAUCGGGAGAGAGAUUGCAUCUGGAACUGGUACAUACAACACUGGAUGGAACGCCUCUUCAUUCGGCAUCCCAGUCGCCGGCGUUCUAGCAAUCGAGCUGCUGUGCCAAACUGCCGGGUCAUCACGGCCUCCUCCAUCGACUUUCCGACGGCCCGAAACCAUCCAGAGCCUGAGCUUCUUUGCGUCCUACCUCCAAUACGUCGUUCGUCCGCAUGAGGGAAAUUAUGACAUCUGCCAGCGUGCGCGCCGUAUCCUUUGUGGUAUCCUCAACCAGGCCUUAUCAGACAAUCCACCGCCGUUGCCCUCUAGUUUACCUGCUGAUGCAGUAGGGGCAAACUGGUUGAAUGGGGAGCUAAUAUUGCUGGACGAUGGGACUAAUCUCCUGGAGUGGAUCGAUAGUCGACUUGAUUAG